UGUAAUCGAGUUGGGUGAUAUACACGGAAAGGAAUUUAACCGUAAAAUAAAGCCAGCAAAGUAUAGUAUUACCAAAAUACGCAAUAUGCAUUUUAUUCAGUUAUCUGUUUCACACGUGUGGGAUAAACAAUGUGCAUUUCGAUCUAAAAAAAAAACAAACAAUUUAAUAGGAAAAUAAACAAGAAUAUUUCAUAGAAGUUGAAAGGAUUAUUAAGAAAGAGAAUGCAGACGAUGUAUUUGCUAUGGAUCCUUCUCCAUGUUAUUGUAGCAGGACCAACAGAUCCACCAAACUGGAUUACGUCUGCUUCACACUCUGUUACUUCUUCAGCCUGUACAACAUCUGUAACAACACUUAGCGCUGAUUCAGGCGACAGUUCCACGGUUCUUUACAGCCUUGAAUCUGAGUCUCCCAAUGGUGGAUUCACUGUGGAUGACGACAUCUUUGGAAACAAAAUUCUGAAGUGUGUCCAAGCAUCAAUAACAGUGGCGUCUUACGAAGUCGUGGUCAGAGCAACACAUGAUGGUGGCAACGGAUUACAUGCGGAUUUGACUUUGACGAUAACAUUUACAGACGUUGCAUCUGGACCAACAUGGACAUCCGGAACCUCUUAUUCGUUGGACAAAAAUGUCUGUACCGCUUGUGACGCAGUAGCCACACUCGCUGCUACCUCAUCAGACUCUACGUCAGUGACUUACAGUUUUGUAUCAGGGAGUGGAUUUAGUGUAUCUGGAAGCACCUUGUCUUGUACAAUCACAUCAUUAUCAGCGUCAUCACAUACAGUUGUCGUGAGAGCUCAAAACACUGGAGACAGUGCGACUACAGAUCAAACAUUAACUGUAACUGUUACAGAUUCUUCGCCACCAGCACCAACAUGGUCAACAGGAACCUCACACUCGCUGAACAAAGGUGACAGCACCGCUUGUGAUUCGGUAACAACACUUUCUGCUACUUCAUCAGACUGUACGCCGGUAACUUACAGUGUUCAGUCACAAUCCCCUUCUGGAGGAUUUAGUGUUUCUGGCAGUACACUAUCAUGUGACCUUGCGUCAAUAACUGCGUCAUCAUACACGGUUGACGUAAGAGCGGCGAACACUGGAGAUGGUGCGAAUUCUGAUCUUAUAUUGACUAUAACUGUUACAGAUACAUCAGGUUCAGAUGAUUCAAAUUCAAAUAACAGUAACAACGACUGGAAAGUCGCAGUAGGUGUUGGUGUUGCAGUAGGCAUUGCUGCUUUAGCCGUCGCUGGCCUUGUAGCAUAUUUAGUGUAUCGCUGGAUAAAGAAAAAUCAACCAGUAUGCACAGAGACGAUAACAAUGAAACCAAAGAAUAAAAAUAUUAAUGAAAAGACCGACGACAAUACAUCGCCAGCCGAAGCUAAGACUGUAUGAUAGCUGACGGAUUAGUCAAAAGAUAGCUAUGAAAACCAUUUCGAAUGUCAAAAGGAACAUUUCCCCGCCUGGGAUGCUUUACUAGUCUGUGAAAUACUUACGUUUGAAGUUGAAAAGUAUACUGACGCAAGGCCCGUUUCCUCCAAACCUUAUUCUUUGUCUCUGGUCUCCUCAUUUUCAGUGAAAUAAAUGGAACGAAGUAAAGAUAACGACAAGCACGUAGUUAUUGCCAUUUUACGUGAUGAAAAAGUUAAAGAUGAGAAUUAUGUUACUGGUAACAUUUUUAUGGCGUCUUCAUUAUAUAUUUAUAUCACUACUGGAUGCACAUACCAUUAAAAAUGGUUUAAAACCCUGUAAAAUACCCAUUAAAAUAGGAAAAACCGUUAAUUAACCCCAUUAAUUCUUGCAUCACUUUAUUUAACAGGUUUCACAAUAUUAAUGGGUUACAUGUUAAAAUACCAUUAAAACACCCACUUUUUACCUUGAAUCAUGCCAUUAAAAAUUAAGUUUGAUAGCUAAAAAAGUUAAUGGCUUUGAAAAAAUAGUGAAAUUCUGUAUAUUUUGAAUUUAACAGGAUUAUUCAUGGCCCUUAAAAUUUAUUUAAUGCCCAUUAAAUGUUCAGGUUCUGUACGAUUUCAUUUAAGAGUAAACUUAAUGGCCCUUAACAGCAAUGUGAUGUCCAUUUUAACCUUCAUUUCGUAAAAUGUGAUUCGUAUAUUUUCUUCUUUUUGUUUUGUUUUUUGGCUUGCACUCCCAUUGAAUGCUUUUAAUUCCAGUCCCAAAUUGUUCUAAAAUGGACUUUAAUCACAAUAAAUACAUACUAUGCACACAUUAUCUAUAAUAUAUUGUGAUGUUAUAUUUAGUUGCAUUAAAGUUAUUUCCCUUUGAUGCAGUUAGGCCAUUGUUUUUCAAAUGUUUGCCAAAUUGUGUUUCUACAAAAAAUCGGAUUUAUUUCAAUGAAAGUCGGAUGAAAACAUAUUAAUUUAUUUGAUAACAUCAAUCUACAUUAUUUGGUAAAGGUAAAUAUGUAUUGAUGCAUGCCACUUUUCUGUUAUUUGUUUUUCCUGUCCAAAUAAUUAGCAUUUGUAUAAGAAAAAGCGUGGGGUAAGGAAUUUACAUUAUAAAAUGUGCUAAGACCAGUUUAGAUUUUCAAAUUAAUUUUCCAAUCCUUGAGUAGAAACUAAGGUUUAUAGAGAAGUGAACAGUACACAUGAUUGUGAAGAUUUACAGUCUGACUUAAAUUCAUUUGGGGCAUGGGCAGAUCAAUCGCUUCUUCGUUCCGAUGAAUCAAAGAGUGUGGUACGCUUGAUUGGGGAGGGGGGAACUUGUGAUGCAAUCCCUCAAACAUUUGCUCUUAGCUGUUUAAGUGCAUGCACCUGAGCACAAAGUACUGAAGUAGAGCUAAGUUGUGAUUGCCCAUUGUGCGCUGACAUUGUCAUCAACAGUUGCUUUUUGAAUACACCUGAUGCCUAAUGUCUGUACCAAUAAAAACUUGGUCAGAAUGUUGGUCAAUAUUAUAAUGUUGAAUAGUUAAAACUACCCACAUGGUCACUUGAUCUAUUAAACCGGUACCUGUAAACCUUUCUCAGUACAAAACAAUACAAUACAAAAUCCAUUUAUUUUCUCAUUUCAUAUGAACAUAUGACAGAAUAAGGAUACAGUAUGACAAUUUGACGAGGCUGUUACAUGUGUUUACAUUACAAAUAAUGAGAGAAAAAAAGAAGAAACAAAUAUUCUUCUAGCAUAUUACAAAACAGUACAUAGGUAACGAUACUAUUACACGUGUAUUAAUACGUAGUUUAAAUCAAUACGGCAAAAAUAAAUAUGAAGUUGAUUAUCUUAAGAUGUCUAAUUCUUAAGGCAAAUUUUCAUGGCCCUUAAUUUGAUAUACCAUUAAAAUAUUACGAACCCAUUAAAAUUGAAUCUGGCAUAUUUAAUGAGACCAUUUAUCAAUUUUUUAAUAAGUAACGGGCAUUAACAGAGUAUUAAAAUUAUUAAUGGCCCCAUUAGUUCUUACUAAUUAAUGGGGAAUUAAGGGGUAUUUUUUUAAUGGCACAUUAAUUUCAUGCCAAUUAAAAAUUUUCACUGAGUUUUAAGGAGCCUGUUAACUUAUUUUAAUGGUUUAUUUUAAGCAGCUUUUCAUGGCCAUCAAAGUCAUUUUAACAAGGUGUAUUUUACCAGGGUUUUAAUAUACAUAUUUCAUGGCUUUUUAAUGUAUUGCAUUAAAACUAUGGUCAUGAAAAUCCCAUUAAAUAGUAAGAACUAAUGGGUGAAUUUUAAUGGUGACCUGUUAAAACUCUGUUAAAAACGUUUGAAAAAAUUAAGGCCAAUUUCAUGACCCUUUUAAUGGCAUGUGCAUGCAGUAGUGUGUAUGCACUUCCAAUAUUUCUUAUGAGAUCGUCUUGAUAUUAAUCACAUUUCAAUAAAAAGGCACAGCUUAUUCAGUUGCGUUAAUCGGAUCAAUUUUUAAUUUGAGCUUCGAA